UGCAAUUCAUAACAAAAACCAAAUAUUAAUUGAUUUACUCUUUUAUUGAUUUUGUGUCCACACAAGUAGUGGUGAUGUCUUUGCAUUGAGUGUUGUCUUCAUAUUGUUGUGGAUGUCAUCGAGUGAUGGUUUUUCGCCGACUUAUGAGUCGUUUGUUCCGAAAUCGCGGCCAAAGAAGACAUUGAAAUGCGAUUACAAUGAAUGCCACAAACAGUUCGCCACUCUAUCGCUAAUGGAUUCACACAAACGUCGGGAACACGCCGUCAGUCCUCUCCCGACGACUAGAGUCCCCACAGUUUGUCCGCCAAUACAUCGAUGUCUUGUCAACGGCUGUGGCCUCGAGUUUGCCGGUGAAUACACGCUAAGAGCACACCAGAGGGCUGUCCAUAAAGACCCGACGCCUGUCAUGUCAUGUGAGACCAGUGGUGGCGGUAAUGAUAGCGCCGUUGGGUUAACCGCCGACCCGACCCAUACGGCCAGCCGUUUUGUGUGCAACAAAUGCGACAUAAUAUUUGUCACCGGAAAAGGUCUCAAUAGUCAUCGGCGAAAGUGUCACUCGCGGACCGGCAAACUGGGCGUCCAAUCGGCGGCCGCCAAACAGCACGACUGCGCGCACGACGGCUGCGGCCAAUCAUACCCUUCUAAACGGAAACUGCAGAAACACAUGCGUUGUGUCCACUCGGCCACAGGUGGACAGUAUCGGUGCGAUGACUGUAUCCAACGAUUUUACCAUCAAUUCAAACUCGAUAAGCAUCGACUCACUGCCCACUCGAAGGCCGCUCAUGUGCCACAGGAGUCCAUUGAACCCGUAGUUAAUGUCCCACCCGUUCACCCGGCAGUUGGCAAAAAGUACCGGUGCGGCAGAUGUGCCAAACGAUUUUACCUCAAAUAUGGACGCGAUCAACAUUGCCUGGCUGUCCACUCAGCGGCCACUCGUGUACUACAGACGCCCAUUGAGACCGAAGUUAAUGUCCCGUCCGUUCCUAUGGAGACUACAUUACCUGAAUCUGUUCCGAUAGCGCCCGCGACUGUCCAAUCGGUGACCCAAUCCUUACGACCGUCACUGCGUUACUGUCCCAACACUGUCAUCACUGAACCAAACAACAGGUAA